CUCGUCACUUGUUUUUGUUUCCUGGCCCCCCAGCUGCUCCGACCCUUCCCUCCCCUCUUUCUCUAUUCCUCCUGCUCUCCUCGGCCCAUUCCAGUUCUCUGCUCUCCUCACUGCAGUUGUGAGCGUGCUUUUGGGUGAGCGAUGUGUUGUUCGGUGGGAUUUGCCAGGUCUCUGGGUCUGGCCCUGCUGCCUCUGGCCCUCUGCUGUAUCGUGGCCAACCUGCUGCUGCUGUUUCCCAUGGGGGAAGCCAGCUACAUCCAGAAGGACCGCCUGGCCAGCAACAUCUGGUACUUUGGUGGACUUGGAGGAGGGGGAGCAUUGAUGCUGCUUCCAGCUGUAGUCUUCAUCACUCUGGGGAAAUGUAGCUGCUGCUGGAAUGAGAGCUUAAUGAUGUGCGGGUCAGUAAUGGCAGCUGUGGUCGGCCUGGUGGGGUCCGGCUACUGUUUCGUCAUGUCAGGGUACGCCUUGGUGCAGGGUCCCCAGUGCUUCACCUCGUAUGGAUGGUCGUACCCCUUUGAAAACCAGAGGGGCAGGUAUCUCUUGCAAUCAGAGACUUGGUCACGGUGUCUUCAGCCGGUUCACAUCGUAGAGUGGAACGUGACUCUGCUGUGCGUGUUACUGGGCCUGGCUGUGCUGGAGUUCAUCAUCUGUCUCUUACAGCUGGGAAACGGUUUAGUCAACGCCGUUUGCCGGCCCUGUUGCUACAAGCAGGAGUAUAGUCUUAAUGCUUAGAUCAACACACACACACACACACACACACACACACACACACACACGCACACACACACACACACACACACACGUGUAUGUAGACUCACCUGCUGAGACACAAGUGCAUGUGCACACAUAAACAAAUGACACACUCUGCAUGUAUGCACCCAUACAGGACAUUAAUGGACACAUGGAUAUGUGGCAGUCUGCACAUACAGCCUCAUUGCCCAGCACCAUGUGUAUGUGUGUGAGUACAGCUCAGCCUUACUUACACACACAUGCAGUGUUGUGGACACCUGACACAUCAGUGUAGUCACUAUAUUUUAAGCUUUUAAUUUGCCCUGUUAAAGUGGCAGACUAUGCAGUCAUUGAUGAUGAUGAUGAUGUUGAUGAUGAUGAUGAUGAUGGUAUUCUGGUGCAGCAAGUCUCAUCAAAGGCACCAGGUUAUUAGUCCAUAAGAAUGUAGAUGUAUGUAUGUCCUGAAUACUGACUUUGUACCUGGUGAAAGGAUGCUAAGCAGAACAACUUGUACAAAUAAUAAAGACAAAGUAGAGCAUCCUUGAUAAUAAUAAUAAUAAUAAUAAUAAUAAUAAUAAUAAUAAUAAUAAUAAUAAUAAUAAUAAUAAUAUAUGGUAUAUAGAAUAGUAGGUUCACUGAAGUAAGUAGCAGUGUGUGAAACUUUCAUGUGCCCUAUUUAGUCAUUUUAAAGAAGAUAAAUAACGGUGUUUACUUGCACUUACUUCAUGAAAUAUAUAUUGUUAAUGUCACGGUUGCUCACUUUCUUUAUUAUCAUUAUUUACUGUAUAUCUUUGUAUACACUCAUAAGCCCAACAUCUACACUACUGUUGUUGUUGCAGAAACAGAUAAUACUACAAUUCAAAUGAAUGUCACCACGCUAGUAUACUUCAGAUGGCAGCCAUCUAUUGUUUGAUAAUGUUGGACAUGACGUAAGCUCUUGUGUCAUUGUGUCCUUGCAAGAAGAGAUGCAUUCCCUUAAAUAGUUGUAUAUCGGCAUCUUGGCUGAAAUUAUUCCAACAUUUAUACACUGUGUUGGAUCAUUUAAGGAUUACGAACUGAUUUUUGUGUGUGUUUGUAAAUUUGCUUUCAUUUUCAGAGCAUUUUGUUGUAAAUUGUUUUCUUUACGUCUUUCGGAUCAGUGUUAACAGACAUUUUAUAUAUAUUUUAGUGACAUAUUUUUAUAAUGUAUGUUUGUUUGUGCUGCCUUGAAUAAAAAAAAAGACUAUUUCCA